AAAUGAUGUGCGCAGGAACGUAGCUGCGGCUGGCUCCCCAUCUCCCCACUCAGUCUGCCCCAAACAAGGGCAAACAGUCGUGGUGUUAGGAUAGUAAGAGGGUUCGCUCCCUGGUGGAAUCGAAUCAGCCUCUCUGACAGUGUCUGUCUUAUCGCUGACGACAAUUGGCUGACGACGAUGGAGACCCUUAUCGUCUAUUCGCUGUGGGCGCUGUCAACGCUGGGCUUCACUCUCAUCUCCCUCAAGAGGUCAAAAGGACCGAGGGACAGACGAUAGAGAAAAGAGAGAAAGUGUCCUUCCUCUCUCUCUCUCUCUCUCUCUGUGUGUGUGUGUGUGUGUAUGUGUGUCAGGCUUGUGCUGACGUUCUUGUGGAUCAUCCAGUCGUUCAUAUCGGUGCUUGUCCAUGAAGUGGCCGACUCCGCCGUGGCCUGCGGCAUGGCCAUCACCUGCGCCUGGGCUAUCAACGUCGGCUGGUUCAGCGCGCGGCUGGCACACGGCACACUUUGGCAGUCAAUCCUCACGUAGGACACACAGACAGAGAGGCCGCCUGUCCAACCAAGCGGUUGGUGCGGAUUGUCUGUCUGUCUGUCUGUGUGUGUGUCGUCAGAUACUGGCAUCAGGCGUUUCCGAACCAGCCGAAGUCGGUGGUGUCAUGGUGCGUGUUUGUGGGUGACGUGAUGCUGCACCCCCUGAUGCUGUUCCUGCUGCUGCGGUACACCGACGAGAUCUCCCCCAUCCAGGGGCUCAUAUGCUUCUUCUCCAUCCGGCUCUACCUCCUGCUCAUCGAGGGCGGCUGGUUCCCCGACGGACACGCCCUCAAUGCCCUGUACAAGUUCCUGCCGCCACAGCCCGAGCACGUCUUCUACUCUAUGUAUAUCGGUCAGCCAGCCGACCCCCACACACAGAGGGAAAGGAGAGGAGAGCGGACGCAGUUAGUUAACUCGUGUGUGUCGGUCGGCUGGUGUGUAGGUGAGGUGGCAGCGGAGCUGUACAUUCUCUUCGGCAUCAUCCCGUCCAGCGCUCUCCGCUUCUCUUUCCGCGCCCUUGUGGUCAUGGCCUGGCUCUACGGCCUCAUCUACACCGGCAGGCGGUCAUGGAUACAGCCGCUCAAGAGGUUCCUCCUCCACACCACUCAGCACAGGAGGAAAACCGCCGACGCCUUCCCUUCAGCCAGUGGUGUCGCUAGCGACGGUGGAGCGGGGGCUGUGUGCGGGGGGAAUGGGAAUGGGAGCGGGAGGAGCGACCUGUGCGGGUCGCCGCGUGUGAGGCGGAUGAGGGCCUGCCACUCAGUGCCCGAUGUGCACAUGGUCAGUGAGUGUGUGACCAUCACACCAUUUUCGUGGCGCGCAAUGUCUCUCUCUCUCUCUCUCUGUGUGUGUGUGUGUGUGUGUGUGCAGAGCGGAGUGGCGGUGUCGGCGCGCAAGCUGGUGGAGGCGACGUGGACCCUCGCAGGGGCCGACCUGUUGAUGCCGGUCGACGACGGCCGGCUUCGCUCGACCUCGCCGUCGGGCCCCCUCAGCCCUCUGCUGCCCACUGGCACCCCAGGGCCAGGCGACAGGACAUGACUGACACACGCACCACGGACGGACGGACGGAGAGGGGAGAGAGAAUUUGGCUAGCUGCGGUUCGGUGGUUGGCUUGGCUUUGCUUGGCUGGUGCGGCUGAUGAUUGUUUGAGGGAUUGUGGCAUGGCAUCGAUUAUGACUUGCUGGAGAGAGAGCUUCACUGCUUGCUGGGCGGACGGAGCGGCCUGACUCUCUGCUCGUUGCCGUCCGCUCCUCGAGAGUGUGUGUCUUUUUUGUGCCGUUCGUCCGUCUGUCUGUCUGUCUGCCUGUCUAUAGAGUGAUGCGCAUCGCGUCCAUUGAUCCUUCAUGUGCCCGAGGACACGGGGGGGCCGAGCGCACUCUAGUGACUGACGCCCUCUCCCUCUCCCCUUCACGCAGCCUCGCUUGUUUCUUUGUUUCUUUGUUUAUCUCUCUCUCUCUCUCUCUGUGUGUGUGUGUGUGUAUGGGUUUGCUUUUCAUCCGGCCUCUUUUUUCCGGCACUCGUCGGCCAUUUGCGUCCGUCUGUGUCUGUCUGUCUGUGUAUGGUCGGUGUUGCGUCAGUCAGGUGUGUGUACUUUACGUGGGGCGCCGGGGAGUGUCACUGUGUCGGUGUGAACCGCUUGUGGCCGUGGCCGUGUGUGUGAUCUUUUUGGGCUACCUGAAUGACUCACUGGUGGAUGGAUGGAUGUGGCGGCCGGCCGUCGGUCAGUGCAGUGGCUGUGCUGCAUAUGGCCAGCUGCCCGGCCACCACCCAGGGUGGCUUUGGUGUGUUUGGUUGGCGUGUACGUGUUGCGCAGG